CAAUAUUUGCUUAAAGGCAGAAAAAAGGCUGCCUGACUUUGGCACCAUAAAGUCAGUGAAUCCCAAUCCAAUGGAUAUUACAUUCUUAUCACUAUGCCUUCCCUAAGUUCCCUUAUCUCUUUAUUUGACGCAUGAUCCACCCAUAUCUUCCUUCUUCAUCUCACACAUACAGAUUCCUAUCCAUAUACUCCUAUCGCUUUGCCUUCCCGUUUCUCUUUAUCUGACACAUUUCCAACCAUAUCUUCUUCAUACGCAGCAAAACAAAAAAAUCUCAAAAUGGCAGAAAUAGCAGUGUCAUUUGCUAUUGACAAACUGCUUCCAUUGUUAACAGAAGAAUUCAAUUUGCUCAAAGGUGUUCACAAGGAAUUUGCAGACAUUAAAGAUGAACUCGAAAGCAUCCAAGCCUUCCUUAAGGAUGCUGAUAGAAGAGCUGCUGCACCUAAUGGAGACAACAAUGGUGAAGGAGUCAAAACAUGGGUCAAACAGAUUAGGGAAGCAGCUUUUCAGAUAGAAGACAUCAUUGAUAACUAUAUGAUGUAUGCGGAACAACGCCACAAUUUUUCUCACUUGUUCAAAACUUUGAAACAACGCCAUAAAAUAGCGUCUGGGAUUCGAGACAUUAAGUCAUUGGUGCGUGGGAUCAAGGAAAGAAGUGAAAGAUAUGGUUUCCAACGUUCUUUGGAUCAAGGAUCAAGCCAUUCUAGAGGAAGCCAGAAUGUCAAACUGCACCCCCUUCGAGAGGCUGCUCUUUACAUUGACGAAGCUGACGUUGUAGGCUUUGAAGCUCCAGGAAAAACAUUGACUGAUUGGAUGGUAAAUGAAAGAGAAGAGCACACUGUCAUCUCUGUGGUAGGAAUGGGAGGGCAAGGUAAAACCACUCUAGUCAAGAAAGUUUUUGACAACAAGGAUGUCAUUGCACACUUUGAUUGUCGUGUAUGGAUCACAGUGUCACAAACAUAUGAUGUUAAAGAGGUGUUAAGGGACAUGUUGCUAAAAAUUUACAAACAAAAAGACGAGAAUCCACCUCAGAAUAUUAAUCAGAUGGAUCAAAGGUCAUUGACUGAAGAACUGAGAAACUGCUUGAAGACAAAGAGGUACGUUGUGGUGUUUGAUGAUGUUUGGAGUGUAAAUUUUUGGGAUCAUAUUAAAUUUGCUUUAAUUGAUAAUAAAAGUGGAAGUAAGAUAUUUAUAACAACAAGGAACGAGGAAGUUUUGGUGUCUUGUAAAAUAUCUUCUUUCACUAAAGUGCUUCAUUUGCAACCUUUAACUCAAGAACAGUCUUUGACAUUGUUUAAUAAGAGGGCAUUCAAAUUUGACUAUGCUGGAUGUUGUCCAGAAGAGCUCGUUGGUAUAGCUAAUGAAAUUGUUCAAAAAUGUAAGGGCUUACCGCUAGCAAUUGUUGCCAUUGGUGGUCUUUUGUCUACAAAAGAGAAGCAUGUUUUUGAGUGGCAGAGAUUUAGUGAAAAUUUAAGUGCAGAACUAAAGAAAGAUACCCAUUUAAUGGGUAUAAAAGAAGUUUUAGCCUUAAGUUACGAUGAUUUGCCUUACUAUCUCAAGUCAUGUUUGUUGUAUUUUGGAAUGUAUCCAGAAGAUUAUCAAGUUAAUUCAAAUAGAGUGAUUCGACAAUGGAUAGGUGAAGGGUUUGUGAAAGAGGAAAGUGGGAAGACUUUGGAAGAAGUUGCAGAAGGAUAUUUAACAGAGUUGAUCCAUAGAAGCUUGGUGCAAGUAUCUUCAAUAAGAACUGAUGGAAAAGCUAAAGGUUGCCGUGUUCAUGAUCUAGUACGUGAAAUGAUCCUUGAAAAAAAUGAGGAUUUAAAUUUUUUCAAGCAUAUUAGUGAAGAUGGACAUUCAUCCUUUAGCGGAAGAAUUCACCGUUUGUCAAUAACAACCAUUUCCGAUGAUUUCGUUGAGCAUAUUGGAAGCUCACAUGUUCGAUCACUGCUUGUUAUCCCAGAUAAAGAAUCAAAAACAAAUUUUGAGUUUAAAAUCCCUAAAACUUUCAAGUUGUUGAGGGUUCUUGAUUGUAACUCCGAUUCAUUGAUGAGCUUUCCUGAGAAUUUCGGAAAUUUUAUCCACUUGAAGUAUUUAAGCUUCGGGUUUGAUGAGAUAUUGAAAAUCUUAAAAUCUAUUGGCAUGCUUCGUAACCUGGAGACCUUGAAAAUACGGAGUUUAACACAACUUAUUGAGUUGCCCAAAGAGAUUAGUAAACUUAGAAAGCUAAGACAUCUUAUCAGCAAGAAACUGUCUUUGAUUCAAUUAGAGGAAGGUAUUGGAGAGAUGGCAUCCCUACAAACGCUACAUAGUGUUGAUUUAAAUACUGAUGGAGCAGCAAAGAUAAUUAAAGGGUUAGGAAAGCUGAAUCAGAUGAGGGAUUUGAGGUUGGUUAAUGUUCGUAGAGAAGAUGGAAUCAUUCUAUCUUCGUCAAUCAAUGAAAUGCAACACUUGGAAAGGCUAUAUGUUAAAGCAAUUAGAAGUGAAGAUGAUUAUGAAGUCAUUGAUUUGGAUUUGAUUUCAUUGCCAACUAAGCUUCGAAAACUAAAACUACAUGGGAUUCUACAGAAGUUGCCUGAAUGGAUUCCAAAGCUUCAAAAUCUUGUUGAGUUGUUUUUGGGCCACUCUCGUUUAACUGAAGAUUCAUUGAAAUCACUAAAUUGUUUGCAACACUUGUUGUCCCUCACUUUUCAGAUGCAUUCUUAUGAAGGUUUGUUUUUGCAUUUUGAAGAUGGAUGGUUUCAAAAACUAAAGACACUGAAUGUUAUAUAUUGCAUAAAAUUGAGAUUAGUUAUUAUUGACAAAGGAGCACUGCCUUCUCUGAAAAUGCUGAACUUAGGCAUUCUCUGGAAUCUGGAGAAUAUACCCAUUGGCAUCCAACACUUGGAGAAGCUUGAAGUUCUCCGUAUUUUUUUUGUAUCAGAUGAAUUUGUGAAGAACAUUUCUACUGAGGAUUGGAAUUCGAUGCAGCAUGUACCCCUUGUAGACAUUUCUGACCGUAAUAGAAUUUCUAUUCCAAUCCCAAGGAGUUAAAAAUCAUGCUUUUCCAUACUCAAGGAGAAAAAAGGUGUUGGGUUCAAUUCAAGUGCAAUGGCAACUCAGAUUUUCCACAGGGACUUCUACUGAAACACUGGAACUUAUGUUUUUCCUCAAUAAAAAGUUAUAUUUUAAUUUGUUUUUCUUUAUAUUUGAUGUUUGAGUUAUUUGUAAUUGUAGUAUAUCAUGUAUGUAUGAAACAUAUUAUGAGAGCUUCCCUUUCAAGAAUUGUGAGACCAUCUGUUGAUGUCAUUUCCAUUUUGGUGUAAUAAAAAUGAAGUUUUAUGUAAUUUUCAAUCUGUUUUUCUAGCUUAUUGUUCAAACAUUGAUAAUUACAUUUUGGUGUAACAAAAAUGAAGUCUUAUGUAAUUAGGAAUAUACCUAGAGCAUAGUCAAA